GCGGGAUCCCAAGCUGCAGGAAAUGGUCGCGACAGCUCGGCAGCGAUCCUGACAGUUUUGACCAUCCCCGUCCCGUGCACCCGGCCUAGAGCAACAUGUCCCGUGGCCGUCCUCCCCCGCUUGUCACGGGCAUCUCACCCAAGGAGGGUGCCGCCUGGACCAAAGUGACAAUCCGCGGUGAAAACCUGGGCACGGGCUCAGCCGAUCUCAUCGGUCUGUCAAUCUGCGGUCAUAACUGCCUGCUGACAGCGGAGUGGAUGUCGGCCAGCAAGAUAGUGUGUCGUGUGGGCCCGGCAAAAGAUGACAAGGGAGAGAUCAUUGUCACAACCAAGUCCGGAGGGCUCGGGACCUCCACCGUUUCAUUCAAACUGCUCAAGCCCGAGAGGAUUGGCAUUUUGGAGCAGUCGGCCGUGUGGGUGGACGAAUUCAACUACUACGACAUGAGGACCGACCGCAACAAAGGCCUCUCGCCUCUCUCCCUCCGACCCAACAAUCCGUUGGGGAUCGAGAUUGACAAGGGAAAUUUCCCGCUGAAAGACAUUGAGGUGACAUUUCCGGGGAUGAGUGGCGAUUUCACCAGUGAAAACUUCUCUGCCACCUGGUAUCUCAUUGAAAACCACGCAGGCUCUAGUUUUGAGCAGUUGAAGCUGGCCGCCGGCAAUCUGAAGAAGCAGGCCAACAAGAAGAACGAGGGGAGUCUGGCCUAUGUCAAAGGUGGCCUCAGUACCUUCUUUGAGGCUCAGGACGCUCUGGCAGCUAUCCACCAGAGGCAGGAUUCCGACGGUACUGAAAGAGUAGAAGGAUCAAUGACCCAACGCCUGGAAGUCAUCCUCAACAGGGCAAGCGACACCGCUGACGCACUUUUCCAGGAAGUUUUGGGGCGCAAAGACAAAGCCGACUCCACGCGCAACGCACUCAACGUCCUGCAGCGUUUCAAGUUUCUUUUCAACCUGCCCCUCAACAUUGAACGGAAUAUCCAGAAGGGAGAUUACGAUGUGGUGAUCAAUGACUACGAGAAGGCCAAAUCUCUUUUUGGCAAUACGGAGGUGCCCGUUUUUAAAAAAGUGUAUGCGGAGGUUGAAACGAGGAUCAGGGCUCUGCGCAGCUUACUACUGGAAAAAUUGCUGCAGACUCCCUCAACACUACAUGAUCAGAAGAGAUAUAUCAGGUACCUGUCUGACCUGCACGCGCCAGGUGACCCGGCAUGGCAGUGUAUCUACGCUCAGCACAAAUGGAUCCUGCAGCUGAUGCAAGACUGCAGGGACGAGUUUAUCGGUGGGCAGAGAGCGCGCGUCGGAGCUCUGGAUCUCGAGGGGGAUACCCGUCCGUCGGCUCUCGGCAGGCUGGGCCACGCGUCGUCAUUGAAGAGGGGGGGUAGCCUGCAGAUGACCCGAGCGAGCAAUUGGCGCUUUGAAACCCCUCAGCAGGUGCAGUUUGUGGAAAAGCUUUCGGACGUGGUGAUUGGCCAGCUGCCCAACUUCUGGAAGCUUUGGAUCUCUUACGUGAACGGCAGUCUCUUCAGUGAGACUGGAGAGAAAUCUGGCCAGGUGGAAAAAUCAAAGAAGAACGCACGACAAAGGCAGAGCGACUUCAAAAAAAUGAUUGAGGAAGUGACCCAUCGGUUGGUGAAGCUGGUCCGCGGGGCCCUGCUCGUCACCACGCUGCCGCAAGGCGAGCAAAGUCUUUACGGAGGUUGGCAGCACAAGACGGAACUUCCCGGCACCUGGAUCACGCAAAUCAUUCACACCGUCAGGGCUUGCUAUGAAGCGUUGUCUGCCUUGGAGAUCCCCAACGAUUUGUUGCAGGUGAUCCAGGAUCUGCUACUGGACUUGAGAGUUCACUGCCUUAUGGUGACACUGCUGCACACCACAGACGAUGUCAGGUGCCUGGCCCAGAAGGAAGACUGGGUGGUCGAUAACGAAGGCCUUACCAGAUUGCCGUCUCAGUUCGAGCAGUGUGUGGUCCAGAUGCUGCAGUCACUCAAAGAGCCUCUGGAGAUCAAAUCAGGCGAGAUCAACAUACUACAGCUGGACCAAGUUCAAGACCAAGCCACCGAGCUUUGCGUGAGCAUCAUGAAGGUUUUCGUCAGCUGCCUGGAAGAGCUCAGCACAAACCGAGAAGGAGAUGCCGCUCCGGCUCAAUCCAUUUCCAUGGAUCUGUCCUCUCCCGAUGGCUUUAAAAACACGCCGGAGUGCUCCGGUCCGACAUCCGAACAACGCUUGCUCAUCGUCCUGAGCAACUGCCACUACCUGGAGAGGCACACCUUCCUCAACCUGGCUCAUCACUUUGAGAAGCACGGAUUGACGGGCACCGAGAAGAUCACGCGGAUGAGCAUCGCGGCCGUUCGGAACCUGGAUGAAAAACUAUUUGACGCUUACAUCGAACGCAGAGCUGACCCCAUCGCGGGCUCACUGGAGCCGGGCGUCUACGCCGGAUACUUUGACUGGAGAGACUGUCCACCCCCGACAGGGGUGAGGAGCUACUUAAAGGAAGCCCUGGUCAACAUCAUCACAGUUCACGCCGAGGUGUUUACCAUCUCCAAGGACUUGGUCCCAUGCGUCUUGUCCAAAAUCCUGGCGACGGUUGCGGACGAGAUGUGCCGCCUUAUGCAAUGCGUGUCAUCCUUCAGCAAAAACGGCGCCCUGCAGGCCCGACUUGAACUCUGCGCCCUGAGAGAUGCCGUGGCGGCCUACCUGAAUGCCGAAAGCAGCGCCAGCUUCAAAAUGGCUUUGGACGCCCUUCCUCAAUUAUACAGCGCGUCUGAGAAAAAGUCGCUGGAAGAACUGCUGAAUAAGUUCAAGAGCGGCAUGCGCCUGCAGCUCACCUGCUUCCAGCCCGCCUGCGUCCAGCCUGUCAAGAGAUAAACUCCGCCCACUGGUCGUUUCUCGCCGACGACAAAAUAUCAUCUCUAAAUGUUGGGAUGAAAAUGCGAUUAAAAAGCCGAGUGUCCGCAUA